AAAAGUUUGACAUUUUCGGCCGUUAGAUGUUUUGGAUUUUUUGCUUGCGAACCAACCAAUGGUUUUUAUUUACAUUCAAUCUUCGUGUAAAAUGUAUAAUUAGCUAAAACUGUGCACAAAUAAAGUGAUUAGGGAUUGGGAUAUAAAGGGACAAAAUGGGAACCAACUCAAGUAAACCUCACAACGAGGCAGCUGUUCACAUACAUAAAAACAACGAUGCGGAUGUUGGAGACAAUUUCGAUCCUAGGUCACCAACUCCAGAAAUAGUCAGAACACCUCUACAAGGGAAAGGCGGAAGCAAGCACAAUAUUACAAAGAAUGUUGACCUAAGAAAAACAUUUGAAAAUGCAAAAGGAGAUGAGAAGCUCAUUCACAACAAUCCUAUCUUAUCAGCUGUCAUUAAAAAUCACCUACAGUCUUAUGAUCCUAGGUCACCCAGUCAGGACUUUGAACGAACCCCCAUUGUUAUUGCAUCUAAAAUAGACGAAGCUGCCAGUGACCAACAUAUGUUAAGAAAUAAGAAUGAAAUAAACUGUGGAAGUCCAUGUCUUCGAGAUGAUAGUGACAUAAAUGAUUAUUCUAUUGAUGCCACCAGAAGCCCAGAUUUAGUAGUUCCCAAAAACUUGUGUGAUGGAUUUUUUGACAUGACUCUAAAUGAAACAAUUAAAGAAACUGAAGAACCAUUAGGUUCUUCAACUGCGUCCAAUGAUGCUAUACAAGAAAACAUUUCUCCAGGUGCUGAAAGACCUACUCAAUUAUUAGAAACAAACUUUGAUUAUGUGGAAACUGAUAGUGACAAAUUUGAAGAUAGUGAAGAGAAUGUGAUGAAAAAGGAAGAAUAUUCCAUUGACAACCUAAAGGGUAUACCACAGUUUGAAAUUCUGGAUGAUGAUCCCAGAUCUCCAUCUGUUGGUAUUGAGAGAACACCUAUAGUUGUCUCCAAAACCAAUCUGGAAGAAUCAGCUGAAGAAAAUGUUGAAGAAAUGUCUGAUGACACCCUUAUAAAGGUUUUACAAAGCACAAAUGCUGAGCUUCGUCAAAACAUAGCUAAGCCAGAAGACAAAAACUCAGAAGGCUUAAUGAUUUAUGAAGAUGAGUCACUGAAUGACACUCCUAAAAAGUCCAAAUCCACCAGUAACAGUGGUUGUAGAACACCCUUAUCUUGUAUGAAGAACAAAACAGAAACGGGUCAUACCAGAUCAAAAUCAGCUAACACAUUGUAUGAUCCGAAAAAUCAAAAAUUGGUGACUAAGCGUGCAUCUCACAUUCCCAGGCUGAAGUCUCUGUCUAAACAAACUAAAUUGCUAACCACUGGGAGUACUGUAUCGCUGAAGAAUAUUUCUCGUGCAUCAGUGAUAAGUGGAGAUUGUGAGAAUACUCCACCACAUUCUCACCGGGACAGGUGGGACAAGGACAGCAGUAUUGUGCUUUAAACAUGAAACCUUUAGUAAUAUUAUGUAUCUUUUUAUGAUUAAUGAAACAUGGAAUAUAAUUUGAACAAUAUUUCAUUAUUCUUUUUGUUACAACUAAAUUUAGUGUUUACUAUGACUGUAAUGAUGACAAACAAAAUAUGUAAUGAUUAUGAUGGAUGACCAUUGUUGU